GUUGCGGCUGGGAAAAGGCUCGACGCCCGUCUGUGACGUCAUUUCUGCGCGACCCUUAGUUUUGGCAGAGCGUUUUCGGGCUGCUCCCGCGAACGAUGCCGAAAGUAGUGUCCCGGUCGGUAGUCUGCUCCGACACCCGGGAUCGGGAGGAGUAUGACGACGGCGAGAAGCCCCUCCACGUCUACUACUGUUUGUGUGGCCAGAUGGUCCUGGUGCUGGACUGUCAGUUAGAGAAAUUGCCCAUGAGGCCCCGGGAUCGGUCCCGUGUGAUUGAUGCUGCCAAACACGCCCACAAGUUUUGUAACACGGAAGACGAGGAGACCAUGUAUCUUCGGAGGCCUGAAGGCAUUGAACGGCAGUACAGGAAGAAGUGUGCCAAGUGUGGCCUGCCACUCUUCUAUCAGUCCCAGCCUAAGAAUGCCCCCGUGACCUUCAUUGUGGACGGAGCAGUGGUCAAGUUCGGCCAGGGCUUUGGCAAAACGAACAUCUAUACUCAGAAACAAGAGCCUCCUAAGAAGGUCAUGAUGACCAAACGGACGAAAGACAUGGGCAAGUUCAGCUCCGUCACGGUGUCGACCAUUGAUGAGGAGGAAGAGGAGAUCGAGGCUGUGAGUGCUUCUGCUCUCAAGGGAACUGGGUUGGGGGGUGGGCCCGGAAGGAACGGGGACUCUAAAACCAGCCCAUUCGAGUAG